AUGGUUUUGGGUGAUCUACCAAAGUCACAGGAUACAUAUGCCUCCUUGUACUCCUCAGCUAUGGAAGACUUAGAGGUGGAUUUUGACUCGGGACUGGAGGAAGAUGAACUGAAGCAGGAGGCUGCUCCUGAGGAUUCCACGAUCUUUGUAGCUUUUCAAGGAAAUAUAGGUGACAGAGACUUUGAGCAGAAACUAGAUACCAUACUGGAGAAUGUGCCUGGCCUUUUACACAUGGAAUCCAAGCAGCUGAAGCUGCAGAAGAUAGAGCCCUGGAACAGCGUCCGCGUUACCUUCAACAUACCCCGGGAGGCUGCCGAGCGCCUGCGGAUCCUGGCCCAGAGCAACAACCAGCAGCUCCGUGACCUGGGGAUUCUCUCAGUUCAGAUCGAAGGGGAAGGUGCUAUCAAUUUGGCUUUAGCUCAGAACAGAAGCCAGGAUGUCCGGAUCAACGGGCCCCUGGGAGCAGGCAGCGCAGUGCGGAUGGAAACGGGCUUCCCCAUGCAGGGGGGGCAAGGUUUAAUAAGAAUGAGCAAUGCUACAGCUGUCAUGAUGUCCCAGAGUGGAAAUGUGCCCUCCUCUAUAGUGGCAAGUGGUGCUGGAGCUGAGCUGCAGCCAAGGACACCUCGGCCUUCCUCACAGCCAGAUGCAAUGGACCCACUCUUAUCUGGGCUAAAUAUCCAGCAGCAAAAUCACCCGUCUGGAUCCUUAGCUCCCCAGCUUCACUCAAUGCAGUCAGUUCCUGUAAACAGGCAGAUGAACUCAGCCAACUUUCAGCAGCUACAGCAGCAGACCCAGCUGCAGACACGUCCUCCCCAGCCACACCAGCAGCCCCAGCAGGGUAUUCGACCUUCAUUUACUUCACCAGCACAGGUUCCAGUUCCCCCUGGCUGGAACCAGCUUCCCUCUGGAGCACUUCAGCCUCCUCCAACCCAGGGAGCACUGAGUACACUGGCAGUAAACCAGGGUUGGAAAAAGGCCCCGUUACCUGGACAAAUGCAGCAGCAGCUUCAAGCAAGACCAUCUCUAGCAACAGUGCAAACUCCUACUCAUCCUCCUCCUCCAUAUCCUUUUGGAAGCCAGCAAGCUUCCCAGGCUCACUCAAACUUUCCCCAGAUGAGCAAUCCUGGCCAGUUUACUGCUCCUCAAAUGAAAAGCCUUCAGGGAGGGCCCUCACGGGUUCCUACACCACUACAACAGCCCCACCUGACCAACAAGUCUCCUGCUUCCUCUCCCUCCUCCUUCCAGCAGGGAUCUCCUGCAUCAUCUCCAACAGUUAACCAGCCGCAGCCGCAGAUGGGACCAAGGCCUCCCCAGAGCAGCACACUUCCCCAGGGCUUCCAGCAGCCUGUCAGCUCUCCCAGUCGUAAUCCCAUGGUGCAGCAGGGGAACGUACCCCCCAACUUCAUGGUGAUGCAGCAGCAAAACCAAGGUCCACAAGGUUUACACCCUGGUUUAGGAG